AUGGAAACAUCGAAGAAAACAAGUAUGAUCAAGCGUCGAUGGAAUCCUAAAGAGGAUGAACUAUUGCAGAUGCUAGUUAAGGAACAUGGAGCAGAGAACUGGUCUCUUAUUGGCCAAUUGAUUUCAGGUCGAUCUGGAAAAUCAUGUAGGUUCCGCUGGUGUAAUCAGCUUAAUCCUCAGGUGGAGCAUCAACCCUUUACUCCUGAAGAAGAUAAUACUAUUAUCAGAGCUCAAGCCAAAUUAGAUAAUGCGAUAAAAAAUCAUUGGAAUUCCACCCUUAAACGGAAGCGCGCUUCGACGUCAGAAGAUUUGAUAUUGGAAAAUCCUCAACCUCUGUUGAAGAAAUCAUUGAGUAUCAGGGAGGGUAAAAAUUCAGGUAUUCCAUAUAGAUCUGCUCAGAGCAAUUUAGGUUUUCAUAGGUUCCCUCAGUUGUGUGUGUAUCCGCACAUUGCCGCUAUGGGUCAAAUUUCACCUCUUUCAACAUUUUCACCUGUAAUACCCGAUCCAUUAGUAUUUCUGAAUACACCCAGAUCUGAUUUAGGAAAUUUGGGUUUAUCUAGGUGCCCUCAGUUGAGUCUUUAUCCGCCUGCUCCACUAGGUGAAAUUUUGCCUCUUUUAUCAGUUUCACCAGUAAUGCCUGAACCAUCAACAUCUCUGAGUCUAUGUGUAUCUAAUAUGAACAAUUUGGGUUUAUCUAGGUUACCUCAAUUGAUUCUUUAUCCGCCCAGUGCCCCACUAGGUGAAAUUUUGACUCUUUCAUCAUCUGCACCAGUAAUCCCCGAUCCAUCAACAGAUCUGAGUCUCUCUUUACCUGGAGUUAGAUCUACCAAGUAUUUGAAUCCAGAGAAUCGAAUCGAGUAA